AUGAACAUGCUCCCUCUUUAUACAAAAUCAUUCAUUUUAAUGUCGCUUAAGCCGGGCUGCUUUGGUUAUCCCAUCAGCAUCUUCUUUAUUGUCAUCAAUGAAUUCUGUGAAAGAUUCUCCUACUAUGGAAUGCGAGCGGUGCUCGUUCUGUACUUUAAGUAUUUUUUACAAUGGGAUGAUAACUUUGCAACGGUCAUUUACCAUACUUUUGUUGCUUUGUGCUACUUGACACCUAUACUUGGCGCUAUCAUUGCUGACUCUUGGCUGGGAAAAUUCAAGACUAUUAUCUAUUUGUCAAUUGUUUAUUCAGCUGGUCAAGUGGUUAUGGCAAUAAGUUCCAUCCAUGACUUAACUGACAAUGACCGAAAUGGAGUGCCUGAUAUUAUUAGUCUUCAUGUAGCUCUGUCUAUGAUCGGGCUUCUGUUGAUUGCUUUGGGCACAGGUGGAAUCAAGCCAUGUGUGGCAGCAUUUGGCGGCGACCAGUUUGAUGAAACUCAGGAUAACCAGAGAAGUCGUUUUUUUUCUAUUUUUUAUCUCUCUAUUAAUGCUGGAAGUCUACUGUCCACUAUUAUCACACCCAUCUUAAGAAGUCAGGUGUGUGGUAUACACACCAAAGAAAAGUGCUAUCCCCUGGCAUUUGGCGUCCCAGCUGGGCUCAUGGUUGUUGCUUUGAUUGUGUUUAUACUUGGAAGCCCAAUGUACAAAAAAGUAUCUCCUCAAGGCAACAUAAUUGUAGAAGUUUCAAAAUGCAUUGGGUUUGCCAUCAGUAACAGGUAUAGAAACCGUAGCAAGACAAUCCCUAAGCGAGAGCACUGGAUGGACUGGGCAAAAGAAAAGUAUGAGGAACGUCUCAUUGCUCAAAUAAAAAUGGUUUUAAAGGUUCUGUUUCUAUACAUUCCUCUGCCAAUGUUCUGGGCUCUGUUUGACCAGCAGGGAUCAAGAUGGACUUUACAAGCCACCACAAUGGAUGGAAACUUUGGAGCAAUUCAGAUUCAGCCAGAUCAGAUGCAGACUGUGAAUCCUAUCCUGAUUAUUGUGCUUGUGCCUAUAGUUGAUGCUGCAGUCUACCCUCUUAUUAAGAAAUGCAACCUGAAUUUUACACCACUCAAGAGAAUGACUGUGGGGAUGUUCCUUGCCGCCAUGGCGUUCGUUGCUGCUGCACUUGUGCAAGUAGAGAUAGACAAAACUCUACCUACCUUCCCAUCUGGUAAUGCAGUGGAAGUCAAUGUCAUAAAUUUGGGUAGUAAUAACAUGACUUUUGCUUACAAGGAUAGUGCAUCUUCAUCUGUUGAUAUGACUACUUUUCAAGCAAGUGGCUAUCAGCCUCUACAGCUAUCAAGUACAGCUGAUGUUACUUAUGGUAAUCUAACCAAACCGAUUAACUUCACUGAUUCUCAACCAGGUACCAGAUACUCACUUUUAGCAAGGAAUGUGCCUGCCUUUGAAAUAGCAAUGGUCAGUGAUAUUACUAAAAAGCCAGAACAAGGCAACAAUGCAAUCAGAUUCAUCAACGGUCUCCAAGAGAAUAUAAAUGUCACAAUAGCUGGUACAUAUGUGGGUGAACUGAUGUCAUUCACAGUUUCUAAUUACACCAUGGUAACUCUAGGAGUGAAGACUAUUGAGGUUUUUACUGCUACAGGACACAGAUGCUCGGCUGACUCACAGAAGUUUGGAUUUGGUAGUUCCUACACAAUAGUAAUUCAUGAGUGUUCUCCUGCGCUUGCUCUGCAAUAUAUUGAAGAUAUCAAACCAAACUCUGUUCACAUGGCUCUUCAGAUUCCUCAGUAUUUCCUCAUUACAGCCGGGGAAGUUGUGUUCUCAGUAACAGGACUGGAAUUCUCAUACUCUCAGGCACCUUCAAACAUGAAAUCAGUGCUUCAGGCAGGAUGGUUGCUGACUGUAGCCGUUGGUAACGUUAUUGUCCUUAUUGUUGCUGGGGCAUCACAUAUUUCUCAACAGUGGGCUGAAUAUGUGCUCUUCGCGGCCUUACUGCUGGCUGUGUGCAUCAUCUUCGCAGUUAUGGCAUAUUUUUAUACCUAUGUUGACCCAGCAGAGGUUGAAGCUCAAUUUGACGAAAAAGACGAACAAGAAAAGAAAAAGAAAGAGAAGGAAUUAGAGGCAUUGCAAGGUGAAAAUGGAAAUGGACCUUAUUCACAAACUAAAAUGUAGUAUAAAGGGACUCAGCUGGAAUAUGUAAAUAAUUGUAUUUGACAGAAAAGGAAAAGCACGGACAAAGGAUUGAGAGCAAAUUAAAAGCACAUUGUCAGCUGUAUCAAGAGA